CCUGGUCGUCGCACUUGACGCUAUCCUGCGCCACAGUCAGACAGCGCAGGAGUGAACUUUCGAAGAUGGCGUCCCGUUUGUGUACUGUGUUGUUCCCGUCAAUGGGUAUUAUAGCGAUUUCCAGCCUUUGCGUCCUGCUCAUCGUUGAAACCUCGGCUGUGCAUUAUGACGUGGCCGGCGCUGCUGCUGCAGAGCUGUCACGCGAAGACAUUGUGUCACUCCAUCGUGUCCGACGUGGCUCUGGCACCAGUGAGCCAACCAAAAAGCCAACGAUGGACACUAAAAAGGUGCCUGACCAAGACACCCGUCAUAAAAAUGCCGGAGCUAUCCAAGCACAAGGAGAUUCCCGUAGAGGAAAGUGCAGGGCCACCCGCAGUUCCCACGCCAGUCGUAGUGGCACCGCCAGCUGCGCCUGUUCCGCCACCGGCACCACAGCAGCAUCUGGUGGCCAAUUUUACCUCCGAAGCUCCGGCAGUGCCCCCCAACAUUGCUGUUACCGCCGCACCUGCCAACACCGAGACGAGCAAUGUGUCGAUGCCAACUCAGGUGCCACCGUUAGCGACAUCUUUCCUCAGCGAAGAAGAGCUGGAGAGCCUUGUUGAGUCGGGCAAUGUGACACUGCCCCCAGGGUACCAGAACCAGACGGAUCACCACGACUACUACAACACCACAUUCUAUGCGGACCCAGCUACAGUGCGGAGCCUUUGGACAGACAUGGACUCACUGCCCAGUGAGCACGUCAUCACCCAUGACAUGCUCUCUGUGUCGCACCGACGGGCCGCUACGGUCAACUUAAGCUUCGACUUUCCCUUCUAUGGCCACCCAGUGCGGAACAUCACCAUUGCCACAGGAGGUUUCCUAUUCACAGGCUACAUGCUGCACGUGUGGUUGGCUGCAACGCAGUUCAUUGCACCCCUCAUGGCCAAUUUUGAGACUAUCUCCAGCAAUGACUCGUCAGUCAAGUAUGUCGACAAUGGCACAUCUUUUGUGGUGGAGUGGCACCAGGUUGUAUUGCAGGACAAGCCCAAUGGAGGCAACUACACGUUCCAGGCCGUGCUGCACAAAAAUGGAGACAUUGUCUUUGUCUACAAAGAUCUGCCAAUGGCUGUGACCGAAAUUCCUGACCGGAGCCACCCUGUCAAAGUUGGAAUCUCAGAUGCCUACAUGUUUGACCGCAUGGUUUUCUUUGUCAAGCGGAAGACUAUAUAUGAGUACCACCAGGUGAGCAAGAAGAGCGACAUCAUUCGCAGCAACACUGCUAUAGUGUUCACCGCCCUACCGACGUGCCUGGGCCUGAAGACAUGUACAGAGUGCCGUUCAGCGCAGCUCUCAUUCAGCUGCUCUUGGUGUGAUGCGGUGCAGCGCUGCUCAAGUGGCGUUGACCGGCACCGCCAAAGCUGGCUGGAGAACCAGUGUGACCUCGAGGAAAAGAAAAAUGCCUCGCAGUGCACCGCUCCUCCCCGCACCACCGUAUCACCUCCAGCAACAUCACCACGCAGCUCCGCUACUUCAGCAGCUGCCAAUGCUUCUACCGCCGUCGCCAAUGCGACCAGCGACGUACCAAAGGUGGUCCCCAUUCACUCCAACGACGUGCACGGAGACGCAGCAGCGCACAGUGCAGCCGACAUGCCAUCGGACGGCUCCUCGUCAUCCCAUGCCGUCAGCUCUGGAACGGUGGUUGCUGUAAUAAUGAUCCUGGUGCUUGUUGUUGCCGUUGGUGUGUGGUUGCUGUAUGCCUACCGCAACCCACAGACACCCGCUGGACAGCUCCUCAUCAAGUAUCGUCCGAGCCAGUGGAGGCUUCACGGUGAAGCACGCUACACGGCCGCCACGUCGGUCCAUAUCUGAGGAAGCUGGCCGGUGGUCAACGACUUGGGACGAAAAUGUUGUGCCCCUCAAGGAGCACAACGUGACAUCGAAACGAGGAGCCAGUUCUUGCUCUUGGGAUCAUCAGCUCCACAGACUUCGAGAACUGACUCAUCUGUUCAGCUCUCCCCCUCCCCCUAUUCUAUUCACCUCUCUCUUGUAGUGCUUGGACUCCUCUGCGCAGUGGGUGAACAUGUAGCAGUGCAUUUUAUUUUGGGUAGUCAAUCAAGGAAGACACUAGCAAUGGCCGUCUUCUUUAUCGGUCACUCGUUUUGGGGAUUUCCGCAGUUUUACCGGGCAGUAUGAGCAGACAAACAAACAAUAGCUCCGGGCCUGCAUCUACUCCCAUCAAUGCUUUCAAGCACACCGACGAGGCAGAUCGCUGAAGUGUAACACCAGCAAGUGCUUGAUAAUAGCAAGACUCGAGUCUCCCCUGCAGUGAUCAAUGUCAACUAUAGCUCAGCGCUCCAUGUUCUCAUUGGGCUGGGGCCAACGGCAUCUGUCAUCCUAUCGGAACCUGUAGCUUGCGGUAGAAGCAUGCACUGAAGACUCGGAAAGACGGGGAUGCCUAUCCCUAGUGCUGCUAGCACAAUAGAUGAACAAAUUGAUGCAUUAACCAUCUUGAUGCAAGAAAUGCACCUUAUUGCAGCAAGCAUGCACGGCUCAGCAAUCCGAGCAGUUGUGCUCAUCACUGACUGUAGCAGCUAUUUAUUGCUUUGUUAUCUCAGAUGGCACACUGCCCCCUUUCAUAGACAACUUCAUGCACUCGGCAUUCCAGGAAAGUUUGCUGCCUCUGGGCUCUUCAACCAGUGCUGAAUUGGCACCCCUCCUUGGCGGAAAAUAAGUCGAGGAUAGCCAAGCUCGUCUUUAGAAGGCAUUGUAUUUCAAAAACAUUCCCCACUGUUCUAUAACCUGCUAGUGUCAUCUCAAGUGUCAAAGUACUUGAGCACCACAAUUUGGAGGAGCUUCUUUUGCAAUGUUUACCGGUGUGAAUCGUUACGAAACAGUCAAGAGGCGGCGCUUUUUUCAACUUACUUGCAUGAGGCACACUUUAAGUCGAGGCCACUCUUGUCCACAUGACGUUGAGUUCUUGCUAGUGUGUAAGGGAUAGGCAGACUUGUUGCUAGAACUGUCACAGUGCUGUUGUUCAGCCUGCUGUACUGCUACCACGAGUUUAUUUGUAAGCAUCACUUUAUACUUAUGCAGCGAGCUUGAUUGGGUACAUGCUGCCAAAGCUACAUCGUUCAGAAGCUUCAUUUACUCAGUUUACUGCUACACGUACAUUCCAUUGUAGCUUGACAAAGAAAGCUUCUCUUGGGUCUUGUUAUUGAGUGGUACGUCAGUGGUCAGUUAGCAUUUAUUUGGACUGGCCGGAGGGUUUGCAUGUGGGCAUUUUCCAUGUACCAUGAAAAUCCAGUGACCGUGAUGGCAAGACUUCGAAAUAGUUUUCUUACAUUUGCGGAGGUCAAGAUGCGUGGUGCCACUGCUAGUGCCUUCAGUGAUUGCUCAGAGCUUUUUCUCCCGAAAGCUUCUACACUUUUGCGAGGCUGUUGUCACAGCUAGGUGUCUUUAGUCUUUGCGUUUUGCUCCUAUAUCCCAUUUACUCGUGCAUCUUAUGUGCAGCUGGUACUAGCAUGCAACGGUAGCGAUGCUCUGACACUUAGAAAUUACCAGUAGCACUAGUCUGUGCUAAAAGCGCUAAAUCAAGCAACUGGUCUUGACAGUCACUUACAGGCAGCAAGAGACAUAAAUCAAAAAGUGCUGUGCUUUGUGUUUAGCAUGGACAGUGUGUCACAGUUCUGUGCUAGUGAAACAAUUAGCAGUGCACUAGUACCGAUUUCACUGGCACUUAACAUUUGCUAUUUAGUUUGGUAAAGUACUGCUGCGGCACGCUGUGUACCUUUAGUCACGCCAAUAUUCCAUUGGUUUUAGCUGUGGUAUGAGCUGACACAGUACAUGUAAUUUGUCGUACCAGGCUGACGUGUUGCUCUGAAUCUGGUUCUACAGCACUGUCUGUAUACAACAUGCUGUUUUCUUGAUUAAUCAAAAUGUUGCAUGCAAGCUAAUCUCCUUCACAUGGUCACUGCUGUAGACAUAGCAACAUCCUGCCUCACAAAGAAAGCUGCUUUUUUAACCUUGCACUGGUCGUUUUGACAGUCUAAUCUCGUUAGAAUUAAGCCGUGCAUCUGACAAAAGUGCUUGUUCAUGUUGAAGACAAAACAUUAUGAAUAUAACCAGUACUGAAUUGUGAAACGUGCAAUGGGGUUGUCAAAAGGCAGUUUGGUGCCCUCUUUUGGACAGGUUAUAUUGGUUUUUUUAUUCCACCUUGAAAUCCACUUUAAGUGCAUAGAUGCAACUCUGAUAGCUAAUAGAUUCCAAGGCAUCACAAAUGAGUUCAAGCAAUCAGCUUCUAUCAAUCUGCCUUAUUCACAAGACAAGAUGUUGCCACGCUUUGGGAUAGUGAGCACCUGCGGAGUAACCCAAUUGUGCAGUUUCAAGGGCCGCCACCUGCGAGUUCUUUACAGUCAAGUCGUAUCUACAUAUUGCAACCUUUCGGUGCUGCAUCAAAUGAGGACAUGCUAAAUGACAAUCUCUUUCUUGCUUCUGACCUCCUCUUUCCGUUACUCGGAUCUCACACUUCAAAGUGCCUUUAUCAGCGUAGCGAGGACAAAGUACAGCUUUCACGACAUUGGUCGCGACUCCUUGUUUCGUGCUGCCAUCAGAGCUUCUCACCGCUUUACUCUUAAACAUAUGCACACUUCACACUAUCCCAGUUCUUAGGGCCUGUGCAUUUGAAGGUGGCGUCUUUUGCACUUUUUGGCUUGUUCUCACGGUACAGGCUGUGGUUGCUGUGUGGGCCCAAUGUCGAAGCUUUGCCCUUUGCUUUGCCAAGACAACUUAUCUCAUUUUCCACCUCCCAUAAAUCUACUGUCGAUAUGAGUUAUCAUUAUAAUCGAAGGAUGACACAGUCACAGUGACUCAGCAUGCAGCUGCUGCGCAGUGGUUCUGUUCUGGUAAAACACUGUAUUGAAAUAAAUGAAAACACUGAGGUAAUGCACAGGUAUGAAGACCGCAGCAAAUGGCAAGAAGGGUGUGACAUGACAACUUAGCUGGCAACUUGCUGAACGGUAUGUUCGUAAUAUGCUAGCGAAGCUGACUUUUUCAGUGUCGACCUGUUUCUCUUCAGUUUCAGCUGAGUCGAACACACUUGCAGUCUUUGCUUAUUUAGCAUUCUUCACCUUACACAACAUUCCCGAAAGUUGUGUCUAAGAAAGGUCUAGCAGCUCAGCUUCUGAGGUAUCUUCGUUUCCUUACAUUUAUGCUAGCCAUAGUAACCUGACUUAUUAGUAUAUGCUCUUCAUUUUAUUUUCAGCAGUUUUCUGUUGUCAUAGCUUGUCCUGCCACGUUAAGGCUCUCUUUCUGUGAAUGGCCUACAUUGGUCGUUACUUUAUUGUUGAGGGGGAGUGUUCUAGCAUUCUGACAAAGUGUUCCUUGCGCAUUAUUUUACCUUAGUUAUGCCUGCGAGUUUUACCGCCGUGCUCUCUCUUUUCCUCUCUGUUCUAAUGUUACCGGCUUUCUUUCGACAAAGACAUUACUGGGCGUGUUUUUUAAGUAGUAUGUACAUAAGACAAUAUAUGUAGUUAAAGUAUCAUAGUUUAUAGUUUUGCUUAAAAGGCAACUUGUUACCCUCUUGCCGCCCACAAUAUGUCUGUGAUGCUAGUUGCCGCUUUAUCUGGCUUUAUUUUCUUUUUUUACGGAUGGGAAUAGCAGAAAGGCUGGACUUACAGAAGCAGGUUCAUUGUGUGAUCCAUAAAUCUGUUUGUGCUGCUAGGUGUCGCUUGAUAUUCGACAGGUCCCUGCAUUGCUGGAACAAGGUUAUAGACAGAUGCAGCUUGAAGCAUACUUAGAAAGGUUAAAUUCUUGAGCUGUAAGCUAUAAAAUUAUCCUCAAAUGCAAUCAGGUUUUCAAAUUUUGGAAGCUUAUGCAGCAAAUACAUAAGAAUAAGAAGGUUUAGAGCAACCCUUUGUUUAAUAUUGUUAAAUACCUAGUGCAAGUUUCUACAAACCUACAAUUUAAUAAAACUAACUCCUUGCAUGUAUGGCUACAACUGCCUAUCUGCAAAUGUUUCUGAAGUGUUUCUAUGUUUGACACUGUCAUAUCCGGACAUGGAAGCUGGUUACUGCCAGCUCUGAGAGCUAGAGUGGUGGAUGCUGGCACCGUCCGGCUUUAAGGAGACAAGUCGGGGUGUAUGAUCAGUGCAUGCACUGAGCUCAUUACUACUGCUGGACUGUCGAUGUUGUCUUGUGCCUACAUCUGUGCACUUGUUCAGCAGUGUUCUUUAAAGCAAGCUAAAUGAGGCUAACACUGCUUAGUUCUUCUCCUUGCAGUUUUGGUUUGUUUGAAUAAGGUUCAUACUUCAGGGCUCGUGUGGUCUAGCUUCGGCAGUAUGGUCAUGCUCCAUUUUGCUACAGUGUGUUAGAAGGGAGAGAUCAGUUUACUCUUUGUUUUGAGAGCGGUGUAUGGACCCCCAACCUCCCUUGGACAUUCCUGUACGGAUACAUGGCAUUGAGUGAUAAGUUUGCAUAUUCAACAGAGGUGCGGCAUAUGGAAUGCAAUUUUACUUUCCUGUCAUGUAGAAGGAUUGAAGCAAAUAUAGCAGGUACAAGUCCGAACCCAACAGUCAUAGAUAGAGAUUCAGCUUGUGCUUUGUCAAGCAGUCGUAGACAUUCCCUCUUUGGUUAAACGUGUUGCUAAUUGAGGACGCUGUGUGCUCACAUUACACCCUCUGAACAAUACAUGUCACAUCUCGUGCAGCUUACUCAGGUUUACGAACAGUAGCUAGCUAACCAGCUUCCGUAAGUUAUUCGCUCUUCUGGCAGGUCAAAAGUUUGCGUAUAUGGUCAGCGUAGUUGGAAUGAUAAAGGAGUCAGUACAGUCAUUAAUGCUGUUUCGAGAUGUCUGCAACUUGUUUACCUGCACAGUGCUCUGUCUCACCUGGCCUUUUUUUUUUUUUUUUUUUCGAACAACAGUGUUGUGCGGAAAUCCGUUUUAUGAUUGUUGUCUCGCCUGCAAGAAGGAACAAUGAUUCGUGCAGUGUGCCCAGAGUAUAGUCAGGAAGUAGUCAAACCAGGAGACUGAACAUGGCUGCGUGAACCAUUGUAUAGGAAAAACAUUCAUGUUGUUCACCUUUUCCUAAUUAAGAGACCUGGUUACGAAAAUUGCAACUUGUGUGUUUUCGCCAGUUUGACAGUUUUGCUGGUGCUUGCGUUGUAGAUAUUUGUUCAUUUCAAAACUCAAGCGUGUGCGCACUUAUCAAUAUAGCAUUUCCCUGCGUGUGACUUUUUUUUUUCCCAUGUUGUAAACUUUCUCGCUUCCUGCAUGUGUGGUUGGCUGGUACAUGAUUGACCCACAUACAAGGAACAGCUUCAUUUUCUACAGUGGAGGCCGAGUCUUCAGUUGCAAGACUGGGCGGAAAUAUGCCUCGUAUGGUAAUGGCACUUUUCGGUGUGCAUUGCACGCUUUGCAGAAUGCAGUUCACUGUAGUCGGACACAGCUGAAGAAGUCCGUAUUGGCUCUUCUUGAAAUACUGGAGCACAGUGACCAAUCGCUCCGUGAACAAAGAAAUAGUCUUGCUCACGGGCUCGGCAGCAUUCUCCGAAAGCGCGGUCAUCGACUGCAUGGGGCCUGACAUUAGUCUGGAAUGUGCACCCAUUAGAAGAGGUUUCUGUGGUGCGCCAUUGAUGAUUAAAUGCCACAGACUUCCGACUAUAGACUUGGCCUUGUGUGAGUGAAGGAGAAAGUGUUUCGUGCUUAUUGCGAGAAGUCAUGACUGUAAUGGUACAUGUUGUACAGGAAGAAAAAAAAAAGGCAGUCACUGUUGUAUCUGUAGCUACAGAAUCUCAAAGGCGUUUCUCAAGGUGUCCUUUAUUUUUUCCUUUUUUUUUUUCGUCAUAUCUUUCCUUUCAUGUUUAUGCAAGGAAUACAUGCCAAGGCUUGUAAUUAAGUUUCGCAUGUUGGUGUGAUUUAAGUCCUGCCUUGGUGCAGCUUCCAUCGCUUGCCUAAUCUCUCACUAUUUUUUAUAAUGUGUUCAUGUUAGACGAAUCCUCACUUUGAAUUGUAUUGUUUUAAUCCACAGAAUUGCGCUCUCUGCCACAAAGUAUGCUGUUUGGCUUGUAAACUGUUGUAAAUUGGGUUAUCGAACAAUGUGCUUUCUUUAUUUCAUCUUUCUGAGUCUGUUGCCACUAGAGUGAAAAACAAAAUUCUUUAUUGCCCUACUAAUUUCUUUGUGUACAGAACCUUGUGUGUGAAGUAGUGCCCGACUUUGGCUGUGGGUGAAUGGGUCAUUGCAAAGCAACAAGUGUGUCUGGUGAACAUUGCAGGCAUACUUUUGUGGACAGCUUGCAGCGUAGCAUUUGUGUUGAAUAUCUACAGUAGAAGUAUCUGCAGGAAUGCAAUUGUGUGAUGCAUUUUUACUCAGUCCUGGGAUUCUCGAGCCACAAUAGAACUCCCAAAGCUCCUAUCACUAAUUUCUUCUGUUACCUAUAUCUAACUUCUUUUUUUAGACAGCUCAAAUGAUCAGCAUUUCACUAGCACUUGUGUGUCAUAGCAAUUUUUAACAUAUUGCAUAACAUAAGUACUUCAGAUAAACAGAGUAAAAAAAAAAAGGGAGAUUGUCUUUCUCAACCAAUUCUGCUGUACUUUAACCCUUGUCACGUUAUAUUGCUCAGGAAAGUAAUUUUCCACACACUUGCAUUACGUUAAAGACACAGAAACCCUUGCAAGGAAAACUCAGUUCAUUCAUUGCUUUAGUGGAGCAAUGCGUGGAAACUUGCUGCUGCAUAGCUCGCUUUGUCGAAAUCAUUCCAACCCAUGGCCAAAGGCCUCACUUGGUGACUUAGGAAAUCAGUGUGUCUCGAAAGCUACGUCAUAAUUGCCCGGAGGAAGCACCACUAUUAGUCAGCUUUGCAGGAGCUAGCACACAAGAUAUUGGCAUACAACGAAUGGCACAGCAGUCGGUGCGAGUGCAUUCACACAAAAUGUGCUAUGGUGUUGUGCAGGUGUGCUAGUGUUUUAGCAAGUAGGACAUGCCCGUCUGUCAGCAGGUGACGAUCAGUCCUUUUACAUAUCACUCCUGAAUAAGCUCUAUUUGUGGCACUUUCCCUUUUGUAACAAAUGUUGACAAAGCAUGGCAAUUGCUUAAGAAGUGUUUAUUUUAUACGUAUGUAUAAAUAUAUAGAGAGAGAGGUCAUUUUUAAAAGUGUGUUCGUUACAGUUACAAAUUUUAUGCAACGCUAGAUGUAUUCUGUGUGUCUGAGCCUCCCUCUGCAUUUUUUUUGUAAUGUUUGAGAUGUCGUUUUUUUAGUAUGAAUAAACGAUUGCUCUUUAAUCUGGUCCUUUCUGAAAA